AUGAACUUUGCAUUCACUUUGUACACCAAACGCCCCCCAUUUGACUUUGACCUUGUGAUCCUCGACAUGUCCCAAGGUUUCAAUCGCUCGAGAAAUAACCUUUUGUUCUGCUCAGGUUUGGAGACGAUCCCAGCAGACGCCCUGGGAUGCUACAAAGUGUUGACGCCAGCAGGCCUGGUAGUCAGAAUGUACCACAUACCGCCGGGAGUCUUGGGCUCUUAUGUGCUUGCAAUGUUUUUUAACGUGGACGGCAAGCUUUCUUUACCUACUUUCCAUCCAGUCACACCAGCCCAGGGUGUAAAAAUGCCCCUCCGGCCCAGUCGUUUUUUGGUCGCUUGA